AUGACGAGCACCCUCCACACCACAUCCAUGGCCUGCUACAACCGCUGCAGUCCCUGCGGACCCACCCCGCUGGCCAACAGCUGCAACGAGCCCUGUGCCCUGCAAUGCCAGGAUUCCCGUGUCAUCAUCGACCCUUCCCCUGUGCUGGUCACCCUGCCAGGACCCAUCAUGACCUCCUUCCCCCAGAACACCGCCGUCGGAUCCACCUCCUCCGCUGCUCUGGGCACUGAGCUCAAUGCCCAGGGACAGCCCAUCUCUGGUGGAUUUGGCUUUGGCCUUGGCUAUGGCCUGGGAGGCCUGGGCUGCUAUGGCAGAAGGGGCGGCUACAUCUGCUAA